AUGGAUCCGGCGGCCCCCACGCUCCAAAGCAACGCGCCGCUCAUCGCGGCUCUCUUUGCGCCGGAUGACAGCGGCCGCGCUCCCGCCGGGCGGGACAAGUACGCCCAGAAGCUCGCCGCGGCCUCAGUCUCGUUGUGGGCGGUCGCGCGGGCGGCGGAGCGCAACCCCGCAGUUUGGUCCGCGCUGGCCGCCGCCAAGAUGACUCCCGACUGGAGGAGUCGCGUGGAGCGGACGCUCGCGCAGCUGGUGCGCGGCGCGGCGUGGCGCGUCUGGCUGGACGCGAAGGGCGGGUGCAAGGGCUACUGGGAGCCGCUCCCAGAGCGAGACUGUGUGGCGCUUGAGUCUGCUUUUGCGGCGGAGGGCACGGCCGCGCGGGUGCGGGUGCAGGCGCGCGGCGCGCACUACCUCGUCAAGUACGUGAGCGGCGAGUGGGACGGCGGCGAGCGCGAGUCGUGGGUGCGCACGGACGCGGCCGGCCGGGUGGUGAGGGACAGGGAGGGGGGCAUGCGGUGGAGAAUGGUGGACAGGCUGGUGGCGGCGGAGGUUGCCCCUCCAAGCACCGGAGGGCAGGGCGAGGACGAGGCGGAGGUGGAGGCGUGCAUCGAGGACGGCGACGACACCACAGAGGAGGAGGAGGUGGCGGAGGAGGAGGCGGAGGAGGAGGCGGCGGCGGACGAGGACGAAGACGAGGACGAGGACGAGGACGAAGAGGUGCAGACCCCCCCGCCGGGGCUGUCUGCCGCCUCCACCUCCGAGUCAGCCACCGAGGCGGCGGCGGCGGCGGCGGCGGCGGCCGAGGAGGAGGAGGAGCCUUCGGCCGCCGAGGAGGAGGCUGCUCGAUCCGCCCCAAAGCGACAGCGGCGCUCGACGCCGGUAGAGGCCGCCACUAGCGGCGCGGAGAGGGCAGCCUCGUCGGCUGGGGCGGCGGCGGCAGCGACGCCGGCAGCGGCGCCGGCAGCGGCGCCGGCAGCGGCGCCGGCGCCGGCAGAAGCGGCGGCGCCGGCAGCGGCGCCAGCAACAGUAGUGUUGCCGGCGAACGGGAAAUUUUCCCUGUGGGCGCGGCGCACCGGCGAUGCGGUCGGUAUGCACUUCAACCUGAAUAUGAGGACCAAGUUCAGAAAGCUGAAGCAGCAGUACUGCAUGCACAAGAAGCUGAGGGAGGAGGACUGCCGUUUCUCCUUUCGCGCUGUUCCCAUUGAGGGGGAGCACACGCCAGCGGUCCUCGGGAUGGUCCCGGUGCGGCGUGGGGAGGCUGGGGAGUGGUGGUGGGAGGUCAGCGAGCCCGUUCUGGUGGAGGUGGACGAGUGAUUUUCACUAGAUCGGAUAGCGCGAAGGUGACAAGCGGGUCAACUCGAGCGAGCGCGGAUCGAGGGCUCUCGAGCCGCGGCUUUUUGUCGAGAGAAGACUCCAGCAAAAA